CUAGAUCCAUUGCAUUGACCAAAUCGUCCUCAAGUGUGAUCACGAGCCAUGAGGGCCACAAAGACGACUCUUUUCAUUGGUGUGCUAUGUCUCUGCAUCCUUGUCAACGUUCUCCUCAGCAAGUUUCCAAACACGACAGACGUUCCUCAAACCAUUGAUGGGCUGUAUUGUAACGUGAAGACGAAGAUAUCAUUUUCAACGAUAACGCAGAACUCCACCAACUUUGAGAAUCGUUCGGACGAAGAGGUUCUACCAAAGGGGAGUCUGGAGAAUUCGGUCAGCUACAACUCCUGCGCGGUUGUAAGCAGCAGUCACGGGCUCAUGCUCCACACGUACGGGCGGGAGAUAGAUGCCCACGACGCCGUUCUGAGAUUCAACUGUGCUCCGACGGAAACGUUUGAAGAGUUUGUCGGCAGCCGGACGGACAUACGGCUCAUCAACACUAGGAUACCUGGACGAGCAUGCAAGAAAGAAUUUUUGAACGACAGUAUCGCCAUGUUCAACCGUGAAAUCACUGUCGUCAGAAACUUUGACGCAGUUCGUUUGGCACCACGAGGUAUAGACACCAAGAAAGACCGAUUUCGCGUUUUUGAAAACUUGAAAGAGUUUGGAAGAACACACCCUAACAGGACAAUGCCUUUCAUACUGAUACCAGACUUCGGGAAAGACAUUGCUACUGAACUCGGGCGUUUCUGCAUCGCAACAGGGAAGUGUAAGAAAACGGACAAGUCUCCCAGCACUGGCAUGUUCGGGGUUGUUAUGAUGCUACAUCUUUGCAACUGGGUAUACGUCUACGAGAUCCUUCCUUCCAACAAGGACAGCACGAAUCUAAGGUAUUACUACGACGAGAAGGCCAAGAAUCUUAAGACGACGGGUGGAUUCCACUCCUUCAGCCAAGAGAAGCAGUACAUCCGGACAUUGUCCUUGACUUCUGAUCAGGACAUAGCCAAUACCGGCGUGGCACUGUUAAAAGGACUGAACAAGGUUCGCUGUGAUUGACGUUAACAGUAUUAGCCAUGCUACGUCGGCUAUUGGAUAAGUGCAUGUCGGGUAUAAAACAUGUACAGAAGAAAACGACACUUUUCUUCCUGCGGUCGGGAGCGGUCUGUAGGUAAGGCUCUGUCACAGCUUUUAAAAAUGUGAAAAUAUGAGGCAAUUUAUAACAAGUUUUUUGUCAACAAAAAGUAGACACUUGGUGUUUGCUCAUGCACUAUAUUUCCUAUUAGAUUGAAAUCUACAUAAGGUGA